GGUGAGUGUGUGAGUCAGCGAGUCUCGCUGGGGCCCUCAGACUGGCGCAGGAGAGGCGGUGCGCGAGGUGCAAGUUGGACAAGUACCCGCCCGGCGCUCCAAGGGCCUCGAGCACUCUCCCGGAGCCUGGGGACCGAGGCCCGACAAGCACUCGAGCCUGAAGACGCACUGGAGCAUGCCCGAGUCCUGGAGGCCCCGGCUCCCCACGCUGGGAGUCGUGUUCACCCUGGCCUUGCUGCCCCUCCUGCUGCUCACGGCUCCGCCACCCCCCAAAGCUCCCUACAAGCCUGUCAUCAUAGUGCACGGCCUCUUUGACAGCUCUGCCACCUUUAGGCACCUGCUGCAGUACAUCAACCAGACACAUCCAGGGACACUGGUGACAGUGUUGGAUCUCUUUGAUGGGGGAGAAAGUCUUCGGCCGCUAUGGGAACAGGUACAAGGGUUCCAGAAAGCUGUGACCCCGAUCAUGGAGCAGUCUCCUCACGGAGUCCAUCUCCUCUGUUAUUCCCAGGGAGGCCUCAUCUGCCGGGCCCUACUCUCUGUUAUGGAUGAACACAAUGUGGAUACUUUUAUCUCCCUCUCAUCUCCACAGAUGGGGCAGUAUGGAGACACAGACUACCUGAAAUGGUUGUUCCCCACCUCCAUGAGGUCUAACCUAUACCGAAUCUGCUAUAGCCCGUGGGGCCAGGAAUUCUCCAUCUGUAACUACUGGCAUGAUCCCCACCACCCAGACUUGUACCUCAAUGCCAGCAGCUUCCUGGCUCUUAUCAAUGGAGAAAGAGAUCACCCGAAUGCCACUGUAUGGCGGAAGAACUUUCUCCGUGUGAAGCGUGUGGUUCUGAUUGGGGGACCUGAUGAUGGUGUAAUAACUCCUUGGCAGUCCAGUUUUUUUGGCUUCUAUGAUGCAAAUGAAACAGUAUUGGAGAUGGAAGAGCAGCAGGUUUAUCUCCUGGAUUCAUUUGGGUUGAAAACCCUCUCUGCCCGAGGGUCCAUUGUGAGGUGUCCUACACCUGGGAUUCCCCACACUGCUUGGCACUCGAACCGCUCACUCUAUGAAGCCUGCAUUGAACCUUGGCUUUCUUGAAAGCAUUCUUGGAUAGCCCAAGAACUCUAAACCUGGGGAUGCCAAGCCUGCCUCUUUGAAGAUCCAGCAAUGAGCCCUGGCUAUUCUAUUAUCUCCUGGCUGUUUGACUUCUACCAAGCUGCCGCUUCGAUUAAAAGGGGCCUCCUAGAUCUACAACCUCCCAGCUAUCUGACCUUCUUCCCUUUCUCACCCCCAUAUCCUCUCAUUCUGGGAGGAUGGUAGAAAAUUGGAUUUUAAUCUUUUGGCUGCUGCUGUCCCUGUAUUUUGGGAAUGUGAAGGGAGAUCCCAGUACUUUCUUUCAUAGUGGGAGUUCCCUCUAAGUGACUCAGGACAUUUCUAGUUUCUCUUCCUCAUGUAUUCCCUUUCUUCCUUCCAUCCCUCAGCCCCCAAGAGGACAUUUUGGAGUGGGAGAUCUGAGGGUCCUCCAAUGGGGUGAUCCCAGGGACAAAUCUGUUUUUGAAUUAUCAGUAUUGGGGUAUCUAUGGCUCAUAAGCCUAUCUCAGGCUUGGAGUAGUCCCUACCCUCUGUCUUUGAGAUCUUCCAUAGAAGCUGUUUCUCUGAGGAUCCUACUCCAUAAACCCCACCUUUGUGUAAAGGGGAUGUUUUCUCUGUAUUUAUGAAAAUAAAAUUCCAUUUGUUCAACAUAAA